AAAAUGGAUCUCGGUUCAUGUCCCAAAAUCCAUUCAGAACGAUUAAAAACCGAAUAUGAAGAAGCAAAACAAAAAAAAGUAUGCGAUUUUGAUUUAGAGUUUGAACGUAACCUAGGCAAUUUUGUGUCAGAUUGCGAUCGAAAAAUCGCGAGCGCACAGAAACGCUUGGAUAAAACUCCUGAAGAUAGUGCAAAAGUCUCUCAAUUGACAAGAGAAAUUGAAAAUUUGUCAACCGAAAUAUCAGAAAUGACUAAAGAAGUGGAAGUUCUGGGUGAAGAAGGCAAAGUCGCUGAGUCGAUGAAAUUAUUACAAGAUGUUGAAGCAAAGAAGGCAGCAAAACUCGAAAAAGAGAAAGAGCUUAAAAAUUCUGCAGAAGGUGGGGGUCCUUCUCAGCAGCAAAAGUUGCGAGUCUGUGAAAUGCAUCUUGGAUAUUUAAAAAUACGAGAUUUAUUGAAAGAACUCAGGGAGAAACAUAAAGAUCGUCGUAGCACAGCCGUGGAAGAUUUGAUUAGCGAACUACUCGUGACCAUCGCUCGCGAUCGAGAUCCCCCGAUAGACGUGUUGGUAGAAGGAGGUCUCGAAGUCCUCCGAGAAGAAGAUAUUAACAUCCUACUGAA